AUGGAAACGCCUCCAGCGCGACGAAGCAGUUCCGUGUCAAGCCACGAAACCAACGACAAUGACCACGACCAUGUGCACCACUCACAGGACGAGACAACCACAGCCGCCUGUUCGCUCCACCUCGAAACAGACGCUGAAGUCGCGCGGCGGGAGGCGCUGCGCACGUUGCGCUUGGCCUUUGUGGGCAACGUGGACAGCGGCAAGUCGAGUCUCAUCGGGACGUUGAUCAAGGGGGACCUGGACGACGGCCGCGGGUCGUCGCGUCAAGCCAUUUUUCGUCACAAGCACGAGAUCGAGUCGGGGCGGACGAGCAGCGUGGCCACUGCGUACUUGGGCUUUAACGACACGGGGGAGCAGAUUCUGAGCAAGCGCGCAGGGAAGCUCUUGCCGUGGGCGGAGCUGGCCAAAGUGGCGCACAAACGCAUCCAGUUGAUUGACUUGGCGGGACACGAGAAGUACCUCAAGACGACUGUGUUUGGGCUCACGGGGAUGCAGCCAGAUGUCGUGGUCGUCGUCGUGGGCGCCAACAUGGGCGUCAAGAGGAUGACUCAGGAACAUUUGGCCAUUGCCGUAGCCCUUGAGAUUCCGAUUGUUGUGGCGUUGACGAAGAUUGAUAUUGCGCCGAAGAACGUGGCCAAGCAGACGCUCACGACGGUUCGCCAGACGUUACGACGCUAUGGAAAGAUGGCUAUGCUAGUCAAGACAACGGAGCAGGCGGUGACGGCAGCCAAAGGCAUACCGUCGAAUCGUAUCACGCCUAUCCUGCCGAUCUCCAAUGUCACGGGAGACGGUUUGGACAAUUUGCGCCGGAUACUGUACGAGACGUCGCCGCUGGCAUUGUUUAAAGCCGGGCUGUCGGCGUCGACUCUUGCUACGACCAAGUCGAUGAACCAAGAAGAAAGCAUUACGAUUGAAACGCCUGUAGCUUCGGCUGAAUCGAAGAAGAAGCCAACAUCUGUGGACGACGUGGUUGAGAUGCCGAUCGAUGAGACGUACCAAGUACCGGGCGUUGGGCUCAUUCUAGCAGGGACAUUAAUGACUGGAAGCUUUAAGAUUAACGACGUCCUGCAGAUUGGACCCGAUUACAGCGGCGCCUUUCACAAGGUUACCGUGCGCAGCAUGGAGUCGAUGUACAUGCCGCUGAAGGAGCUCGUUCCAGGACAAACGGCAGCUCUCGCUGUACGGUCAGUGAACAAGAAGUUCGUGCUUACUCGGUCCACGUUUCGCAAGGGGAUGAUUCUGCUGAGCCCUGAGAUCAAGGUGAGCGACUACGUGUCGCGAGUGUUUGAAGCUCGUGUCGUGAUUCUUCAUCAUCAAACUACCGUCACUGUUGGUUAUCAGCCCAUGGUCAACUGCCGAACGAUACGACAGACCGCGGAGAUCAUCUCAUUCGAAUCGGACCAGGAUGUUAUACGUACAGGGGACCGAGCCCUCGUGCGCUUCCGCUUCAUGCACGCUCCAGAGUUUCUGAAGAAGGGCAUGCGCUUUGUGUUCCGUGAUGGACAAGCGAAAGGGAUUGGUAAAGUUGUUCGGAUAAUACCCGCAGAGCAAUGUGAGCCCACGCUGUAA